AUGAGCAGGCUCCAGGAUGACUACGACCCCUACGUGGUUGAAGAGCCUAGUGACGAGGAGCUGGCCUGGAGCAGCUCUGAAGAUGAAGUGGAUGUGCUUUUACAUGGAACUCCUGACCAGAAACGAAAACUCACCAGAGAGUGUCUUACUGGAGAAAGCGAAUCAUCUAGCGAAGAUGAAUUUGAAAAAGAAAUGGAAGCGGAGUUGAAUUCCACUAUAACAACAAUGGAGGACAAGCUAUCCUCUCUGGGCACAGGACCUUCCUCAGGACAUGGGGAAGUCGGAACAGCUCCAACGAAGUACUAUGAUGAUAGAUAUUCUGGUUCUGAUUCUGAGGAUGAAGAAAAAGCCGCACAGGCAGACGAGAAAAAAGAGAAGAAACGACACAGGAUUCCAACAAACGACGAAUUACUCUAUGAUCCUGGGUCGAUGCACAGAGAAGAGGUUAUGGUUUGGGGCUCCAGAGGCCACGUCAACAGCCCGCGUGAAUCCUGUGAAACUCGAUAUAGAGCAAUGUUUGUGAUGGAUUUCUCUGUCAACAAAGAGGAGGUCCUGAGAUACAACACCCCAGAGGACAGGAAGAAAAGGUGGGGCCGCAAGAAGAUGACUAACUGUGAAGGUGCUGCAGAGCAGGCCGAGACAGAAGGGGAAGAAGUCUGUCACCCGGUCGCGUGCACCGAGUGUGCCACUGAAGUGGCAGUCUACGACAAGGACGAAGUCGUUCAUCUGUUCAGUGUUUUAGCAAGCCACUCCUAAACAGCUGGAUUUAAUUACCCAAGGCUGUACACAAGGCAAGUGAGCACAGUUACUCUCUUCCUGUCUACUCAUAUCAUUGAGUAACAUUGAGUUGUUGUUUGAGGAAGCGUCAUUUCAUCCUUAUGAAAGAGAAUGGUUAUCAACCUUCUUAUCAACCUCUUUUCCUUUAAUU